AUGGCAUUCGCGACAGCGGCACCUAUGAAACCCUCCGCGGGAGCACCUAGCUCAGGGUCCUCCAAUGAUGCUUUGUACAAGGAACUAUGGCAUGCCUGUGCUGGACCUCUUGUCACCCUUCCUUGUGAAGGGGAGCGAGUUUACUACUUUCCGCAAGGUCACAUGGAGCAGCUGGAAGCAUCAAUGCAUCAGGGGCUGGAGCAGCAAAUGCCUUCAUUUAAUCUGCCAUCUAAAAUUCUUUGUAAAGUGGUCAACGUUCAGCGUCGGGCUGAACCUGAAACAGAUGAAGUUUAUGCACAAAUUACUUUGUUGCCAGAACCUGAUCAAAGUGAGGUUACAAGUCCUGAUCCAUCUGUCCCAGAACCUGAAAAGUGUACUGUCCAUUCAUUUUGCAAGACACUUACUGCAUCUGAUACAAGCACCCAUGGUGGAUUCUCUGUUCUUAGGAGGCAUGCGGAUGAUUGUCUGCCCCCGCUGGAUAUGUCCCAACAGCCGCCAUGGCAGGAAUUGGUUGCAACUGAUCUGCAUGGAAAUGAAUGGCAUUUUCGGCACAUUUUCAGAGGCCAACCUAGGCGUCACUUACUUACCACUGGGUGGAGUGUGUUUGUUAGUUCCAAAAAGUUAGUUGCAGGCGAUGCAUUCAUUUUUCUGAGGGGUGAAAAUGGUGAGCUGCGUGUUGGAGUUAGGAGGCACAUGAGACAACAAACAAAUAUGCCAUCUUCAGUUAUAUCUAGUCACAGUAUGCAUCUAGGUGUACUUGCAACUGCUUCUCAUGCCAUUGCAACUGGAACACUCUUUUCUAUCUUUUACAAGCCUAGAACUAGCCGAUCUGAGUUCAUUGUUAGUGUUAACAAGUACCUUGAAGCUCGAAAACACAAGCUUUCUGUUGGGAUGAGAUUCAAGAUGACAUUUGAGGGGGAGGAAGUUCCUGAAAGAAGGUUCAGUGGUACAAUAGUUGGUAUGGCGGAUAAUAGAAGUCCAGCAUGGCCAGACUCAGAGUGGAGAUCCUUGAAGGUUCAAUGGGAUGAACCUUCAGCAAUCAUGCAUCCUGAAAGAGUAUCACCAUGGGAGCUGGAGCCUCUUGUUGCCUCUUCUACUACUUCAAACUCCCAACCACCACAGAGGAACAAGCGGGCACGACCACCAGCAUUACCAGCCUCCAGUCCAGAUAUUUCAGUCCUUGGUAUGUGGAAAUCCUCUGUUGAAUCUCCUGCUUUCCCGUUUGGUGACAUGCAGCAUGGUCGAGACCUCUAUCCAUCACCAAAAUUCUCUUCAGCAUCAAAGGGCAGCACUCUUGGUUUUGAUGCGAGUAGUCCAUUGGCAGCUGUUUCCAGCAACUCAAUGUACUGGCCUAACCAAGUGGAAAAUACAACUGAAUCAUUUACACCAGUUGUCAGAAAAGAAACCAAUGAUAGGAGACAGGGUAUUGGGAAUACGUACAAGCUUUUUGGCAUUCAGCUAUUUGACAACUCCAAUAUUGAAGAGGCUACACCUGCUUUUACCUUGUCUGAAGCAGUGGGGGAUGAUCAACCACUUCCAUCUUCAGAUGCAGACUCUGACCAGCAUUCUGAACCAUCAAAUAUUAAUAGGUCCGAUGUUCCUUCUGUAAGUUGUGAUGCUGAGAAGUCAUGCCUCAGAUCUCCUCAGGAGUCACAGAGCAGGCAGAUUCGUAGUUGCACAAAGGUUCAUAUGCAAGGGAUUGCUGUUGGGAGAGCUGUUGAUUUGACACGCUUUGACAAUUAUGACAACCUUCUCAAGAAAUUGGAGGAGAUGUUUGACAUUGAGGGAGAGAUGUGUGGAUCCUCCAAGAAAUGGCAGGUGGUCUACACUGACGAUGAAGAUGACAUGAUGAUGGUUGGAGAUGAUCCGUGGCCUGAGUUCUGUAGCAUGGUGAGGAAAAUUUUCAUCUACACAGCAGAAGAAGUGAAAAAGCUGUCACCCAAGAUUAGACUUUCAGCCAAUGAAGAGGUCAAACCGGCCAAACCUGAUCUUGACACAGUUAUGAACACUGAGGAUCAAUCAUCUAUUAUUGGACCCGGGUGUUGAUACGCUCACGUAGAAAGGAAUUAUCGAAAAGAAUGGAGGAAUAAACGUAAGCUGACUCUCAAGAAAAUUUUCUCUAUAGCUUAUUCAGGGAUUGACUAUACUAUAGUUGACAUGUCACCUGAAGAGAGUGAGACUUGCCUUGAAAAGAUAACAAAUUGGGUGUUAAAAAAGUUUCUUGUUUUGUUUUUGCGGUGGGAAAUCUCAUAGUGCAAUAAGCUCAUUCGAAGUACAAAUGGGCUUAAAGUUUGUCGCAUCAAUCUGGUGCUCAGCGUAGGAGAUGGAGAUUGAAUGUACUCCCUCUCGUUUCCUUUUUCUCUUUCGGUUCCAAGAUCUUUUUUAUAAGCAAUGUGCUACAUUUUAUCUGACGUAUAUAUAUAUAUAUAUAGCCCUCCUGUCUCUUGCUUUCGAUUGCAUG